UCAGCAUCUUCCCAAAGUUUUUGUUCUGUUUCUUUCUAUACAGAAAACAAGAAUCUUUUUAUGUUUUGAACUCACAGAGUGAACACUAGACAGUUACAUACAUACCCAUUUGAUAUUUCCGAUGAUUGUUGUCUGUAUUUUCUACCCUUGAAUAUUCUGAUCGAUUGGAGGUGCUCUAGAUUGCAUCAGGGCGUUUUCUUCUUGAUAGUGCAUCUCAUGACCAUAUCCUUUCUCGUCUCUUUCAACUAUAUCAACCUUUAUCCAUCUAACUGAUCCCAUGAUUUCCAAAAAGAGUUAUGGAGUCAGUUAUGUCUUGUCUACAGUUUUCUGCACUUACCCUAAUGUUAUUAAUCGUCUGCUGCACUUUUUCAGAUUGCUAUGAUCCUCUGGAUCCCAAUGGAAGGAUUACUGUUACUUUCGAUAUCCAUGAAUGGAGAACUGAUGGAUAUUUGGCGAGAGUCACAAUCCAAAACUACUAUCAGUACAGGCAUGUUGAUAAACCAGGAUGGAGCAUAGGGUGGGCUUGGACUCAGAAAGAGAUCAUAUGGUCAAUUUCUGGUGCGUUUGCCACCGUUCAAGGGGAUUGCUCUGCUUUCAAACACCAAAUCCCUCACUCUUGCCAGCCAAAACCUGUCAUUGCGGAUCUGACGCCAGAUGCUUCACCUGAAAACACGUCUGAGAACUGCUGCCGUGGUGGCCUUCUUUCAGCUUGGGCUAUUGAUCCUUCUAAUUCGUUCUCUUCCUUUGAAAUUACUGUUGGCAACUUGGAUAUAAAUGCAACUCUACAUCCUCCAGCUAAUUUGACUUUAUCCGCACCAGGUCCUGGUUACACUUGUGGUCCAGUAACGGAUACUAAUCCAACGGAGUCGUUAGAUAUUGGGGGCAGAAGAAAAGUUCAGGUUUACAAAACAUGGAAAUCAACAUGCACUUACUCUAGUUUCUUGGCAAACAAAAAGCCUGUUUGUUGUGUUUCACUCUCAACCUUCUAUAAUCGUAAGGUCACAACAUGCCCUGAAUGUAGCUGUGGAUGCAAAGAGACGAACCAAAACGCAGUUGAAUGUAUAAGUGAAGGUUCCUCCUCGUCAUUGUCAGAUUUGAACAGCCUAGACAUGGUGCAAUGUACAGAUCAUAUGUGCCCAGUAAGAGUUCAUUGGCAUGUUAAGAACAAUUACAUGAGUCAUUGGAGGGUGAAAAUUACAGUCUCUAACUACAAUUAUAAGAGAAACUACUCAAACUGGAACGUAUUAGUACAGCAUCCUGGCUUCAGCGAGAAAGUAAUUACAUAUAGCUUCAAUAGUACAACGCUUCCCACCUUUGGCUUUACUGACAAGAUUGCCUUGUUCUGGGGUUUACAGUUCUACAACAACGAACUGUUGCAAGCUGAUGAAGAAGAACAAGGCUCAGUGACAACAGAUAUACUUCUGGAAAAGGAUUUGAGAAUUUUCACUUUAAGCAACGGAUGGGCCUUGCCACGGCGAAUAUAUUUCAGCGGUGAAGAAUGUGAGAUGCCUCUUCCGGACACCUUCCCGGUGCUACCAAAUAUUAGCUCCAGCGUAAAACACCCUCAUUGUCUGAUGCUUAUCCUUCUAGUUUAUUUGACUUGCAAGAUGCUAAUAACUUGACCUUGAUAAAUAACUCUGCACAUGCUUACAGUCCAAUGCAUAACUUAAAGCUAUCCAGGCGAUUCUUAAUUGGGUACCAAGGUUCAAUAUUGUAGAUGGUUGCCUUGCCUAUAGUAAUUGCUUGUGAAUGUCAGGCUGUCUUUUGUUGAUAUUGUUACUUCCUGAAGGCAAAAGGUCUUUCACUGUAUUUGGAGGAGAGAAUUUAUUUUUGAUAACUGACAAUGAUACUUGUUCAUUAAAAUCAACUUGAAGACUUGAUUGAUAUUUAAAACCCUUUUCGUUUCAUUGAAGGAUUAGUUUUCAAGGAUGGUUGCAGCCUUUAGCUGUACUACAUGUUUUUGUUU